GUUUUCCCCUCUCCAGAGUCACUGAGCGAUUUGCGUCACUUAGCACCACGGAUCUCAUCAAUCAUGUGGAAAGUGAAUGCCUAUUGCGCGCCAUGAGUUCGCUUUCGUCAACUCCCCAGCUCCAAUUGGAAGGCGGUUCCACAGCCUUAUCUGUGAUACAUCGAGAGCUUCAGGUAAAAAUACAUGAUCUUAGCACCACGCCUAGAGGUGACUACCAACUCGAAUCCAUCCAUCCUUCCAAGGACCUCAUUGAAGAUUUCAACUCCACCAUUUGGCCUAAUCUUGUCCCCGAUUACGAAGGACUGGUCAGUGAACUGGUGUUCUACUGCCGCGAUGAGCUCCUGAAGAGAGGUCUUAGGUGUAUGGUUCAUGGCAGAACCAAGACUGAUCAAUCUGUCAGAGACUCCCUGAAACGUCGAGGGCAGGGACGCCAGAAACCAUUCACCAAAUUGAGCGACAUUUUGUAUGAGAUGCACGAUCUCGCCGGUGUUAUGAUUGUGGUGCAGUCCGCAGCCGAUGUAGAUCGCGCCAAUGGAUUCGUCUCAGAGAGCUUUCGAGCGAUCAAGGAGCCAAGCCACUGGUCGCCCGAUCGUCCUGUGGGCCAAUAUUGGGACGCGCAUUUUGGAAGCUACGAGUCUCAUAACCAUCAUGUAUCAUUGAAAGGAGAUUCCGAGGAUUCAAAUCCUAUUUUCGAAGUCCAGGUCACCACCUUCAAAGACUUCAUCUACAAUCAAUAUGCCCAUCCUUGGUUCUACAAAGGACGCAAUGGAUCUCUCACCGACAAAGACGAGAUAGUCAUGGAUAUGAUUCAUGGUGCCAGCUAUUUGAUUGAGAUGGGCGGGGAGUACUUUUUAAUCAGAGAAAAGGAAAACCGCAACUCGAUCGAAGUUGAACACGAUCUAUUCCAGACCAAGCCUCGGGCAAACGGGCCAAGGAAUUCACACAACACCCACCUGAAAUCAUACAACACUCGUGCAAAAAAGAUUGCAAUGACCACGACGCACGACAUCCUUACAGCCUUUCAGUACGAUAACAAACUGGUCAUUGACGACUGUAACAAAAUCCUGAAGAUGCUUGGGCGAGCCACGCAACGUAUUACAGACGACGAGAUUGAUGAGGAGCGGGUGCUCGCUAUUCAGUCUCAUCACCGACUAAGGGCCUGGUUUUCCAUUGACCAACCCUCAAUGCUUCUCCUGGAUGGACAUGGCAGCCAAGGACCGAAGUCUGAAGCCUCCUUGGUCAGCGCCAAGAUCGCGAGCGCCCUUCUCAAACUUCACAGAUAUCAAGACAAGAAACGCAUGUCUCCAAUUAUAGUGCCUUUGGCUUUCUUCUGCGGACAGCACAGAAAUUUCGAAAGAGACCCAAAUGCCAGUGCAACGGAGCUUGCCCUGAGUCUGCUUCUACAGCUAGUAGAUCGCGGAAGAGACUUUAUUGCACACGAAUCACUCCAGCGAAUUCUAGAAGUGGUAGAGCCGACAGAAUUCCGUACUGUCUGUACAUCACUCUGCGACCUGAUUACCGAGCUCCCUAGGGAAAUGUACGUGGUCAUCAUCAUUGAUGGUCUAAAGUUCUUUUCUCAGCCUCUUGAGCGACAAGAAGACACCGAUGAGCUUAUCAUCAGCUUGAUCUCGGUAUUCAGACAGGGACCGCCUGCGACCCUGAAGCUUUUGCUUACGAGUCCAUCGCGAGUUAGCUUGUUCGAGGGUCUCUUUCAAGAGGACGAGAUUCUUCGACUUAGCAAAGACUUGCCAACAGGUGCUGUAGCGAACGACUUGACUUGGAGAAGGCCUCUUGAGCUGAGAUAAGAAAAUUUAAGGAUGAGAACAAGAGCAGGAAAAUUAAGUACAACGGACAAGCUUGAACCACUAACCAUGAGCUGAGGAGGGACCUAAUGUUGAUUUGAGGAAUGAAAGCACGAUGCAUAACCGACUGAUGGGCACUUUAGCGACACCAAGUAGAUAAUGUCCGAGCAUGUCUAACACGAAAUCAUUAUGCCGUUCAGCUACAAGUCUUUGCAAUUGAGCAUAUACUGGCAUAUUAACCAGACAAUAGAACAUAGCCAUCAUGGGUCUUAAAUAGGAUCAUCAUGGCGAGCUCGUCUCGAAUGUACGUAUAAGCUAAGAAGUUCUUGUUGGAAUUAGAGGGCUCACCAUCUAACAACGAAU